AUGACAACUAGCACAUUAGAAGAAUUGCCUGUAAAUAAGACAAUGCUUGGAUCACCUGUUGUAGAAGGAAACAUUGCUGUUGGUACUAUUGUGAUUGACAGCGUCAAUCAAAAGAUAUUGAUGAUUGAGAGCCGUAAGAACAAAGACGCCUUUGUUCUGCCUCGUGAUGAUUGCCAUCCUCAAGAACAUCCUGAAAAAGCCGCUAUUCGUCUGUUACAUGAUAAAGCAGGUAUAGAUACCAACUAUCUAUCAAAGCGUGUGGGUUGCUUUUCAGAGUCAAAUAAAAAGGGAAGAGUAGUUGCUCAUCACUGGAUGUAUGAGGUUCACAAUCCGAAAUUACUAGACAAUUGGCCUGAAUCUAAUAGAAAGCGAGUCUGGAUGACUCAUGAAGAAGCAUUAAAGGCUAGUGAGAACAAGCGUAUGGCUUAUCUUGCUCUUCAAAAGAUAAAUUUUGAUAACUUACAAUAA